AUGUCUUCAUCUCACAACAUUGCGACCUUAGCAGGAGGUUGUUUUUGGUGCUUGGAAGCAAUUUUCCAACGUGUUAAAGGAGUUGAAAAAGUGGUUUCAGGAUAUAUGGGAGGUCAAAUUGCCAAGCCAACCUAUGAACAAGUAUGCAAAGGAAAUACAGGACAUGCAGAGGUUAUUCAAAUUACUUUCAAGCCAUCAGAUGUAUCAUACAAGGAAUUGUUAGAUGUAUUUUGGAAGUGUCAUGAUCCGACCCAAUUAAACCGUCAAGGUUAUGAUGUUGGCACUCAAUAUCGUAGUGCUAUUUUUUAUCAUGACGAGACACAAAAGCAACAAGCUGUUGAAUCCAAAGAAGAGGCACAAAAGGAUUUUAAAUCUCCAAUUGUGACAGAAAUUACAGCUGCCUCUGAAUUCUAUCCAGCUGAGGAUUAUCAUCAAAAUUAUUUCAAUUUAAAUGAAAAGAAAAAUCCUUAUUGCAAAAUGAUCAGAGGAAAAUUGAACAAGCUCGAUAUGAAAUAG